GAAGCCUCCUCCCACUGGCCCCGCCCACUGAAAUCCACACAGACCCACAGAAAGCGGGAGAGGUAUUUAAAACUUUUUGAGAACUGUCACUGGCUUUGUCAUCCAGAAAACCGUGACGCUUUAUUACCGUACCGACAAGAAGAUUUUGCUCUGGUUCUUUAUUUUUUAUUAGACGAAGGAAACGCUACACCGUGAACCCUCUAAGAAAGUUUUCUUCAGCACUACCGAAGAUUCGCUGAGCUAGUGGGGACCGUUCAAGAAGACACCCUGCUGCUACUUUUUCUGCCACGUCUGGCUUCAGGAAAGCGUUUCCUUCCAGCCAUGUGGCAAACGGCACUCAUGCACCCCUCUUCCAUCCUGUUUUUGACCCUCAGCAGCUUGGCCUCGGCAGGUCCAUUGUCUCGGAGCCCUUGUGAACUUUUGCCAGUUGGGGUGGGUCACCCAGUUCAGGCCAUGUUAAAGAGUUUUACCGCCCUAUCAGGCUGCGCUAGCCGAGGAACCGUCAGCCUCCCUCAGGAGGUGCACAUCAUCAACCUACGAAGAGGCAAUGCACAAGGAGACAGAGAGAAACCAGCACAGGUGGCGUUACAUCUGCGGCCCAUACAGUCCUUGAAUGUGCACCAGAAACCGCUGGUCUUCGUCCUGAACUCCCCUCAGCCCGUCCUCUGGAAACUUCGGACAGAGAAACUGGCCUCUGGAAUUAAACGCAUCUUCCAUGUUGCACAGGGAUCAGAAGUGCACUUUGAGGCAGGAAAUUUCUCUGAGUCAUGUGAGGUGAAGUUAGAAAGUCUUCCUCAUGGCAAUGAGCACCUGCUUUCUUGGGCCCAUCAACGCUAUGGCGCAGUUACCUCUUUCAGCGAACUGAAGAUGGCCCAUGACAUCUACAUCAAGGUUGGAGAGGACCCCCUUUUUUCUGAGACCUGUAAGAUUGAUAACAAGUUCCUGUCUCUGAACUACCUGGCAAGCUACAUCCAGCCCCAGCCAUCCACAGGGUGUGUUCUCUCAGGUCCUGAUCAUGACCAGGAUGUCCACAUCAUUGAGCUCCAGGCACCAAACUCCAGCAGUGCAUUCCAAGUGGAUGUGAUUGUGGAUUUAAGGCCGCUGGAUGGUGGCGCCCGACUACAUCGUGACGUUGUGUUACUUCUGAAAUGUGAGAAGUCAGUGAAUUGGGUAAUCAAAGCCCACAACGUCAUCGGCAAACUGGACAUUGUGACGUCAGAUACCGUCAGCCUGAGUGAAGGCACAGAAAGGCUAAUGCAGGUGUCAAAGAUGGUGAAACAGAUGCUGCCUGCAGGAUCUCAGGCUCUCAUUCAGUGGGCAGAGGAAAACGGAUUCAAACCCGUCACUUCCUACACCAACACCCCUGUUGCCAAUCACUUCAAAUUGCGCCUCAGAGAACGAGGCAAGAGCGAUCUAGGGAUCAUGGAUGAGGGAAUGCUCCCACCAGAGUUGUCUAUUCUCCGCAACAUCAACCCACUUCCUAAGCCCAGCACCCGGGAUUCCCCUGCACAGAACAGGUUCCCAUUCCCCUUCCUGCCAUCUGUGGAGCAGGGCCAGUCAUUCCUACCUGUGCCCCCGUCUCUUGAGGAGCGAGUCUAUCAGGCUGGGGGUCCCGAGGAACAGCAGGGUGCUCCGAAUGUAGGAUUCAGUGUGCAGUGUGAGAAGAACAAAAUGGUGGUCAGCAUUGACAAGGAAACUCUGCAGGCCAAUGGGUUUGGAAAACCCAAUAUCACUCUUCAGGACUCCCAAUGCAAAGCAACCUCCAACACCACCCACUAUAUACUGGAGACACCCCUGUCUGACUGCCAAACCACCAAAAUUCCCUCCCACCCCAGCCCAGUGGUCCUCUAUAUCAAUUCAAUUGUUAUUAGCCAAUCAGAACAGAAGGAUGGAAGCGGCUGGCCCUUUGAAUAUGAAGAUCUGGAGUCAGGAGAUGUUGUAAUGCCAGGAGAUCUGGAUGUGACAGGGAAAUUUAUAGCUGAAAAUGGACAUCUUACGACUAUCUUGUUCAACUGCACGUACCGUAAGAACCAGGACACCCAAGUUGACAGUGGUAAUGGAUCUGAUGAUUUCGCUGUAGACUCUCUAAAUAAUGUAACCUUCAACAUGGAACUGUAUAACAAUCCAUUCCACUACACCAGCACUCAGUCCUUCCUCACCAUCACAGAGAACAGACCCAUCUAUGUGGAGAUUUCAGCCACAAAAGCCGAUCCUAACCUUGGGUUCAUGAUCCAGACCUGCUUCAUAUCUCCAGACUCCAGUCCUUUGAUGCCAUCAGACUAUUUUAUCAUAGAGAACAUAUGUCCAAAGGACGACUCUGUGCUCUUUUACCCUCAGCAAAGAGAUUUCCCCAUCCCUCAUGCUCCGAUGGACAAAAAACGCUUCAGUUUCACCUACAGAUCAAAGUUUGACGUAUCAUUGCUCUUCCUGCACUGUGAGAUGUCCCUCUGCUCCAAAAGAAAUGACAAGGAGACGAACCUGCCAGAGUGUAUGUUACCAGAUGAAGCCUGCACUUCCCUCAGUCUGGACAGCAUCAUGCUCAUGAUGAUGAACACCAAGACCAUCACCAAGCCAAUGGUGGUCAUCUCCGACAACACACCUGUCACUGUUAACGUACCUGUGGAGCCACCUAUUCCACUACAUCCAGGCAUUAUAUAUUUCUUGGACACCCCAAUUGUGGUGGGCAUCGCUUUUGCUGCCUUUGUGAUCGGAGCCCUUCUGACUGGAGCUCUAUGGUUCAUCUACUCGCAUACAGGUGGCACAGGAGCGAGGCAUCAGGUGCCAAAGUCUCAGCCGGUGUCUGAGAACAGCAGUGCGGCUCACAGUAUCGGCAGCACACAGAGCACGCCGUGUUCAAGCAGCAGUAAUGCAUAGAGCAGCUGGACUGAUGAUGCUUCCAUCGGCAUUAUGAGUUGUGGAAGAAUAGGUGAUUUCGUAGCAUAUCCUGAGGCCUUAAAAUUUUCAUUAUUUGGAACUGAAAUGCUUAGGCUGAACAUACAACCGGAUGAAAAAAGCUACAUUUAGAGGUGAGGGAAAUAACCAAAUCAAGAUCCCAGAGAGUUUUGAAAUGUUGCCUUUUUUUUUUUUUUUAACCCCACAAGAGAGUGUUGUUUUUGCCUUAUAUGGUUGAGAUCAGCAUGAAAACAACAAAGGCUGUUUACAUCACUUAUUAUGGCACGAAGGCAGUCCAGAGGAACAGUUAGUACUCUGCGAGGUUACACAAAGGCUCUGUCUUCACCUAAACUAAGAUCAGUGCCUUGCUAAAAUGCAUGCACGCCAUGAGUAAAGGGUGUAAAAGCCUUUAUCAGAGGCAUUUUCAUUAUAUAGGACAGGUUUUGGAAUAUUGUAAAAUAAUGUAUAUUCUGUGAAUAUUGUAUGAAAUGUGUUGAGAUUUAAAGUUAAGUUCCAUAAAAAAAGCUUUAAUUAAACCAAAUAUUGAUCAGAAGAUUAUAUACCAUUAAGAAAAUCAUUAGACAAAGAUUAAUGAAUUUACAGAAAUACAUGCACAAGCGCUUUUCCAAAAUUGGCCUUUUGAAAGAUAGUUGCAAAAUAAUAAGAAGUAGUAGAUUCUAAUGCUAUAAUUUGUUUUCCACCCAAAGUUUGAUACUGUUAGAGUCUAUACAGAUAAUUGCUGAUAAUAAGGGUAGUUAAAAAUGGAGUCAAAAAGAGUCAAAAAUGGCCUUUUUUUAGAGAAUGUGAAUUUUAAAUGCUGGGCAUUAUUAUUCAACAUUGGUAUAAACAGUAAUGAUUUCAGCAAACAGCAGACUGUUAUAUUUUGAGAUUUUGUCCUUGAAUUUAAAAUUCAUCAUGAGCUUUUUGUUGAGAAAGAUUCAAUGUGCCUAGUCACAAAUGAUGUGGAUAAUAUAAUGCCAAAGAUGGGCAUUUACUUUCCUGUCUUUUAAUGUUACAGCAGCCCCUGCGUGUGUGUAUUUAGGUACUAACCUACCACUAAAGUCAACACAAAAUCAACAUUUCUCCAAAAAACAAUCGUUAUUUCUACUGUGUAUGUGAAGUUAGCAAUUUGGGAUUUUGUGUAAAACAUGCGUACAGAUACACUUGUAAAGUGCAAGAAAUGUGUUAAUGCAAAGCCAGAGUAAUCCCACCGUCUAAACUUUACAUGAAUGUCAGAACAUUAUAAGUGCCUUAGCUAUAUAUGAGUAUAUGCUUUGUUUCAGAGAUAAAAUGAGGCAAGAAGGGAAGUGGUGUUUGCUUUGCUUUAGGCACAGUAUAUACCCACUGAUGUGAAAAUCUGCCAGAUCUGUGCAUCUAGUUCUAGAUCUGUUUUUAGUAUAUAAUGUUGCUUGCGUGUGUGUGUGUGUGUCUGUGUGUGUGUUUGUGUUGCUUGCUACAGACUGUACCUAUAGAAUGUACUUUUUUCAAACAUUAAAUCCAUUGUAAACUUGUAUAAAUGUCUCCUGUAAGAGAAAAGAGAGUAAGAAUUUAAACAUUUAUUUGUGUAUAAAGUUAUAUUUUUCUAGAGAUAUAUACAUAGAGCCACCCUAUAAUUCUAUCUGCAUACUGUGAAUUUUUGUGGGCAUAUUUCUAUAUAAUGUUGUGUGUUUUCUCUUAGUCUAAAAAUAGUCCAUAAUGCUGAAGUGAGCUGCAUUCACUGACAUAGUCAUAUAAAAUAAGAUGUUUUAUUA